GGCGGGGUUGGGUGCGCGGCGCGGCGGCGGGUCGGGCGCUGUGAGGGGAGGCAGGAAAAUGGCGCUGACGCAGGGCACGAAGCGCAAAGUCUGCUACUACUACGAUGGGGAUGUUGGGAAUUAUUAUUAUGGCCAAGGACAUCCCAUGAAACCCCACAGGAUCCGCAUGACCCACAACCUCCUGCUCAACUAUGGGCUCUACAGGAAGAUGGAGAUCUAUCGUCCUCACAAGGCCAAUGCAGAGGAGAUGACCAAGUACCACAGCGAUGAUUACAUCAAAUUCCUGAGGUCCAUCCGCCCUGACAACAUGUCUGAGUACAGCAAGCAGAUGCAAAGAUUUAAUGUUGGGGAGGACUGCCCUGUGUUUGAUGGGCUCUUUGAGUUCUGUCAGCUCUCUGCUGGAGGCUCUGUUGGUAAGAUCACAGAUCCUGUGUGUUUUUUAUUGUGUUUCAUAUUCUGUCUCUGCGAACCUGUUGUUGAUUUAACAACGAAAUCCAGAUUUCUCCAAGCUUUGCCUGUUGAAUUCCUUUCCAUUUUCAGCAGCAAAAGUCACUUUUAUUUUCUGUUCCACUGCUGUCCCUUCCCUGCAGCUCCUUCCCCUGCCAAUCCUGGCCUGAAUUCCGUGCUCUCUCCCAGUUUCCUCUGCUUGGAGGCACUUUUUCCUCGGAAUAAAUGCAAUAUUCUGAUUUUUUCCAGGUACCACCAGCGGGUGCUGUACAUUGACAUCGACAUCCACCACGGGGAUGGGGUGGAGGAGGCUUUUUACACCACAGACAGGGUCAUGACCGUGUCCUUCCACAAAUACGGAGAAUAUUUCCCAGGAACUGGGGACCUGAGGGACAUCGGGGCAGGCAAAGGGAAGUACUACGCUGUCAAUUACCCGCUGCGGGACGGCAUCGACGACGAGUCCUACGAAGCCAUUUUCAAACCUGUGAUCUCCAAGGUGAUGGAGACGUUCCAGCCCAGCGCCGUUGUCCUGCAGUGCGGCUCCGAUUCCCUGUCUGGGGACAGGCUGGGCUGCUUCAACCUCACCAUCAAAGGCCACGCCAAGUGUGUGGAGUUUGUGAAGAGCUUUAACCUGCCCAUGCUGAUGCUGGGAGGAGGGGGGUACACGAUCCGCAACGUGGCUCGCUGCUGGACCUACGAGACCGCCGUGGCUCUGGACACUGAGAUUCCCAAUGAACUUCCAUACAACGACUACUUUGAGUACUUUGGGCCAGACUUCAAGCUGCACAUCAGCCCCUCCAACAUGACCAACCAGAACACCAACGAAUACCUGGAGAAAAUCAAGCAGCGGCUCUUCGAGAACCUGAGGAUGCUCCCUCACGCUCCCGGGGUCCAGAUGCAGCCAAUUCCUGAGGAUGCUGUGCAGGAGGACAGUGGGGAUGAGGAGGAGGAUGAUCCUGAAAAACGCAUUUCCAUCCGAAAUUCCAACAAGAGAAUAUCCUGUGACGAGGAAUUCUCCGACUCCGAGGACGAGGGGGAGGGAGGGCGCAAGAACGUCGCCAACUUCAAAAAAGCCAAACGUGUGAAGGCAGAGGAGGAGAAGGAGGAAGAGGAGAAGAAAGAUGAGAAGGAAGAGGAAAAAGCAAAAGAGGAAAAAGCACCAGCAGCACCAGCAGCACCAGCAGCAGCAGAACCCAAAGGGGUGAAGGAAGAGACAAAAUCCACCUGAGCGGCUGCAGCUCGUCGUAGGCUGAGCUCCUGGGCUGCCUCCUCCCCACAGGAUUUCUAUUUUAUAUAUGUUUUCUGUAUAUAUUUCUAUAUAAUUGUAUAAAUGACUGGAGAACUGUAAAUUAUUCCUUGCUGCACUCCACUGGGAGCAGCCCAGCUUUGGUGACCAGGGAGUUUCACCCUUUGCCUUCCACUGCCCCUCCUUGGUGUGGCUCUAAAAACACAAAAAUCACUUAAAUCACUUCCACCCUUCCCCCUCUCCUCUGAAAUAACCUUUAAAAAAUAAUAAUUUAAGUAGAAGUAGUGUCUGCAUUUCAGGUUAGCUGGAAAGAUGGCCAUCAAUUCUUGCUUUUCCUCGAUUUUUUUUUUUUUGGGUGUUGUUUUUAAUGGGAGAAUUCCCAAACCUGGGAGAGACUUUUGUGGUUUUCAGCUGGAUUCCACCACGACAAAAGAAAAAACAAAACAAGGAAAAAAACCAAAAAAACAACAAAAUCCUGCCACUUCUCAGGGUCAAAAUUAUGCAGUUCUUGAAGAGAGUUGGCUCCAACCUGCAGCAAACUUGGGGAAAGAGAUGAAGCAGCUGAAAAGAAACCUGAAAAGUCUUUUUUUAAAAAUUUUUUUUUAAAUUAUUAUUUUUAAAGUGAAUCAACCCCAGAACCCAGAACUGGAAAAUGUCAAAUUAAAAUCACCUUUAGGGGGUGAUUCAGUUUUCUGAUCCAGGGAGUGUGGCAGCAUUUGAUGCACCUCGAGGGAGGGAAGGGAUUUUUUAAUCUGGUUUUUUAUGCCCCUCUCUGGGUGGGGAGAAAAUUCCUCUUUUAGCUUCAUUUUCCUCCUGAAAUCCCCUCAAAGCCAGCCCAGAGCCCGGCUGGCAGCUUUUCCUCACGCGUGUCCCUAAAAAUCCGAUUUUUCCCUGAUUUUUAAGCCAAGUUUUCCUACUGAAUUUCCCUCCCAAUAAAUCCCAAUUUUUAUCCUUCUGAGAGAACAGCAGAUGGGGCUCCUCCCACCCCCUCAAAUCUCCUUUGUGACUUUUCACCUCUCCCUUUCUACAGCUGAGCUUUUUCAGAGAGGAGGGGGAAAAAAAAUAAAAAACAACUUUUGGCAAGGCGAGAAAUUCUGAUUUUUAAUUUUUAAUUUUUUUUUUUUAAUUUUAAUUUUUUCAGGCUGCUCUCCUUUCUCAGGGGGAUCCCUCCGGAAUUCCAGAGGUUCUGCACCUCCCACGGGAGCACUGCUGAGGGUUUCAACUCCAAUAAUGCUGCUAAAACUUCACACAGGUUUCUUUUACAAAUUGUUUUAUUUUUUUAACUCGUUUUUUUUUUUUUUUCCCCACCUCUCACCAUUUUUUUUCAUUUUGAUUUUCCCACCUCACCGUGGAGUUUUUUUUUAGUCUCUUUUUCUGAGUGAUGUUUUCACUCUGAUUUUCAGUGUUUUAAGACAGAGAUCAGUGUAACUUCGUGUCUGGGGAACAGGGGAGGGAGGGGAGAAAAAAAAAUCUAUUGUGGUUUUUUAAAGAUGCGUUUAUUUUGAAUUUUCAGAACCUUUGUAAUAAAACUGCUCCAUUUCUAU